ACUAACGAAUUAAGACAAGCAUAGACGUUAAUAAAUAAGCUUAACAGGAAGAUAAGUAUUGAACUGAUGGUACCCUGAAUGAUCAUAAUAAACAUGGAAUUAGUUACAAAUUUACAGAUUUAAAAACUCGUUGUUAAUUUUACUUCAGUAGAAUUUGUCCAAAUAUAUUAAAAUAUAAAUAGUAAUAACAGUUUAUAUAUUACAUACAACUUACAAGUUAAGUAACAAUGUUUUCAAGACGUACAAAAGUACUAGUUGGACAGUUUAGAGAUCUAAAGAGAUUCAAGAAAUAUCACAAACUGAGCUACAUCCAUAAUCCUGGAACAGAUUGUCUUAGACCUCUAACUGUGGGUAAAAUACUCGAAGAUGCAGCGGACAGGUUUGGCGACCGUUUAGCUAUUAAUGCCAGAGCCCAGGGUCAAAAGCUGACAUUUCAAGAGGUCCUCCACCAAGCCGAUAAGUUAGCUGCUGGACUAAGACAAGUAGGUUUAAACCCCGGCGAUAGGAUUGGAAUUUGGGGACCGAAUUUGUUGGAAUGGUAUUUGACGCAUAUGGCCUGCGCUCGAGGUGGUUAUAUUCUGGUUAACAUUAAUUCUGCUUAUCAGCCUUCAGAACUGGAAUACUGCAUUAAUAAAGUAGGAGUUAAAUGUAUCAUCAGCGAUUACAAAUUUAAAACUCAAAACUAUUACGAUUUUCUGAAUGAAAUAUCUCCGGAAAUAUCUACUAAUGAACCUGGCAAAUUAAAAUGUAUACGUAUGCCCACUCUGCAAAAUGUAAUUGUAAUUACAGAAGAGGACUUGAGAGGAGCCUUCAAAUUCCAAGAAAUUCUUGAUCUUGCAACUGAUUCCAGAGUAAAAAAUGUAUAUGCUCUACAAGAUUCUAUAGAUCCAGACCAGCCGUGCCAUAUACAAUUUACGUCAGUAAGUUUUUAA